AUGGUUGUCCGCGACAAUGCUUACAAUAUGCAGACGGCUAUGCGUUGUGGUAACUUUCUGUCUAUUGGAUGUGUAGCUCAUACGCUCCAGCUUGUUAUUCAUGAUGUUAUAUUCAAAGACGCUGCUUCUAUGAAUUUGAUAAAGAAAUGUCGCAAAGUCGUUGGUCAUUUUAAAAGAAGCGAACAAGCUUCUCGAUAUUUAGAAAGGUUUCAAGAAACAUGCGGCUUACUCAGACACGUUUUGAUUCAAGAUAUCGAAACCCGGUGGAACAGCACUUAUUUAAUGUUAGAAAGACUCUUAGAACAAAAAACUGCAAUCAACUUAUAUAUGGCAGAACGCGGUGGAAUAGAAGUCCCAACUGCCGAAGAAUGGGAACAAAUAAACUAUUAUAUAGCAAUACUCAGGUGCUUUUAUCAAGCCACACUUGAUAUUUCGAGCGAUUCUUCUUCGAUAUCUUUGAUAAUACCAUUAAUCGUCAUGCUUAAUUCAAAGAUGACUACAAAAGAUGAAGAUCCUGAAAAAGUAAUACUGCUGAAGAUCCAGUUACGUAAUUCUAUUCACAGGAGAUUUUCUUACUUAAAAAAUACUCCACAUUUAAUGAUUGCCACUUUAAUAGAUCCCCGAUUUAAAUCGAAGUAUUUCACCAACGAUGAAACUGAAAAUACAAAGACUGAAAUAUUAUCAUUUCUACGACAAACUGGGUCUCGGUCACGAUCAGCAGCUAUUAUGGACGUAGAUGUUGAUGAACCUAGACCUUCUUGUUCAAAUUCAGAUCCAGCUACCGAAGGGGUAUUCACAAAAAAAAAAGAUGAUGACUUGUGGGAUUCGCAUGAUAAUCUUGCAUCAUCUGUCACAAUUACAAGUGAAAAUGAGUUGGGUUUGGAUCAUCCUGGUCCCCCUUUUCAAGAGCAUCUUACAUGUUUUUUAAAAGAACCAUUACUUCUGAGGAAUGCUGACAUUUAUGAAUAUUGGUCUUCUAGUCCUUAUACUUAUCUACGGCCAAUUGCAAUUAAAUACUUAUCUGCUCCUCCCAGCAGUGUUCCUAGUGAGCAAUUGUUCUGUGCUGCUGGUCGAAUAUAUGCGGACAGACGAUCUAACUUGAUUGGUGAAAAUGUAGAUAAAUUAUUAUUUUUAGCAUACAACAUAAGGCUGUUUAACUUUGAUUACUAA